GUAUCCUCGCCGUUCGAUGUAGACGAUUGCCUUUAGUAGCUUGGGACAACUAACUUUGAAGCCACGGAGAGGUGAAUGGGCUGUAUCUGUAUACAAGUAUGUUUGAUCGUUGACGGAGGAGAGUAGUGGUCCUAGCUAGUUAGCUUCUCUGACAAAUGCUGUAGGUGCAUGCAUGUUGAUGUGUCCUGUGCAGUACACGAAGGCACCAGAACUGCACUCACAUUACUACAAGGCAGGGUGUUUGAAACUCCUUCUUGCAUUACCCCUCACAAUGACUGUCCAGCCAGGGGUAUGACCAUAGACAAUGUUUUGGGUGUGAGGUCCAAGCUUUGGGUGCUUGUAUUAUUGAAAGUUCUGAAUGUUCCGACUCUUCCCUUCUUUGUUCGCUCCUGUGAUCAUUCAACAAUUGUUCGUGUCGCUGCUGCCACCUCUGGUUUUGGAGGCUCCUCUUUGCGCGCGGACCCUAGCUAGGGGUGGUAAAGCCUGAGAUUGCAAGCAACAUCAUAGAUUUCCCCAUUAUCGGUAUGCAGACGAUGGUUACAUCCACCCCUCACAAUAACAGGAACCAGUCCCAAAAAUGAAUGCCAGUCGGAGGUGCGCAGGAUGGAGCCACUUCAAAUGGCUUCCACGUGGCACUGAGACGCAAAACCACAAACAGCAAACAGAAGACGUCGCAAGGUCACAAAAGACAGCAACGGGUUCUGUCAGGUGUCGGGCAGCAAGACGAAGCAAAAGCGUUCAUUGCAUUGCAUUCACAGGACCGAUAAGCUAGCUAGCUAGUAGCCUUUGUCGGAAGAUCAGUCAUCCAUUUACGGAGGAAGGGAACAACCAUUUAGCUACCAGCAAGAGGACCUUACCAUGAGCGGCAACGACAACGAAAAGCCGAAAAGCGGCGGCGCCUAUGUGCCACCGCACAAAAGAGGUCAACAGGCGGGGAAGAUGCCUCAACAGUUGAAACCACACAGUCAGUCUCCGUCGCAUUAUCAAGCGCACUCCCAUCAGAAUCGACAGGGAGGUAGACAGCAGGGUGGCACUGGUGGCGGUAGGCCAAGCCGUUCACCUGCUUCUUCUCCCGGUCGAAAGAAGAGCAAUCACAACCAUCACGGGAACAGUAACCACAACACCAACAAGAAUUACUACAACAAAUCAAAGAGCCCCAAAAGAGACAACAACAGCAAUCGCCACCACCAUCACAGUCCCACUCGCAAAGAAGACUUGGCGCUUCAGAAGCAACAAAUGCAUGUUCUCCAAGAAGCAAUUGACAGAAUAUGCUGCAUCAACUUGGAUCGACGUCCUGAUCGUUGGGAGUCCUUUCAACAGCAUUUGCAUCAGUCGCUUGGCAAAAAAAUGGGACAUUCUCUGUGGCACAAGGUGGAACGUACUUCUGCUGUCGAUGGCAUUCCCGAGGACUUGCCCGUGGCAGAACUUGUGGAAUCGACUUGGGAUGCCUCGGAAAAUGCCAAGUGGGAUAGACACAUUGCACCCCCCAUGACCAAGGAGAUGUCACCGGGGGAAGUGGGAUGUGCCCUUAGCCAUGUCAAGUUGUGGAAAGAAUUGGCCGUGGCCGCUCCCAAGGUGAAAGAAGAAGAAGGUGGCGGCAAUGUGGAACGCGAAGCCAACAUGCUCAUCUUGGAGGAUGAUUCUCUCUUUUACUCACCCAAGCUGGCAAUGAACAAGGCUGCUUUGGGACAAGGUGGACGUCAGCAGCAGCAACAGCAGCAGCAGCAACAACAUGAUCCUCACCAACACCACUUGUCGAUUGCCAAUCAUGACUUCUUGACAGGGUUUCAAUUGGCGUGGUCUGUAUUGCCAGAAGAUUGGGACAUCUGGUAUCUGGGAUUCUCUGAUCGUGGAGACCGUCUUCCGGUGGAUGGGUUUCAGUUGCCCAAGCCCCACCACCAUCAUCAUGACAAAGAACAUCACCUGCAUCAUUACCCUUCGAUGUCGAUUCAAAUGUUUCGACCGACAUAUGGAUUUCAUACUCAUGGCUAUGUUCUUUCAGCCAAGGCUGCCAAGACUUUGUUGGAUAACAUGCCUGUCAAGGGGCCCCUGGAUGUAUGGCUGGCUGACAAUCAGUGGUUUGGGCUCAAGGUUUAUUGCUCUGUGGUUGAAGGAGAAGGUUGGAAGGGUACAGGGGCCUGGUUAAUCACCCAAAACCGAAAGCCGCAGCAGGCAAAGGAUUCUGAUAUUGGCAUGUCAGGCCGAAAGCAGCCGUCUGCAUCUUGAGCACUCGUAAGCUACUAGCCAGUAUCACUCCGACGACAACAAACAGAAUGCUUCAAAGAUACUCUGAAUUCCUUUCCUCAUGUGCAGUUCAAAUCAGUUACCAGUCGUUGGCUCGUUGAUAUCAGCAAGUAGGAAUGUCUCAACUUGAGAUUAAUAAUUAUAGAUUCUUCAACAGCUUGUUUGAU